UGUUCUAAGUCGAGACCUACGACAUCUACAGUGCACAAUCGAAGUCAGACAAGUGUGGAACUGAACUCGGGUGUUGUUCUAUGUAGCAUUCUUCGCCAGCCACGUCUCUUUCUCUCGUGUGCCUCACCACCUCCUACAACACCAUAAGGCACACCGUCUCUGGCGUCUCUUGGCUCGAGUUGUGGUGGUUCGCAAAAAAGGGCCCUGUCGGUUACGUCGGUCAGUCGGUCUCUAGUGUCCCUCAGCGCGCUAGCGUUUUCCUUCUUUUCUAUGGUAUAAUAGUAUAAAUCGGCUACAGCGAGCACUUUUUAGGCUUAGUUGCGCUGCAAUUCUUGACCGAGGUACAUCUAGCCGAUCUAGCCGGGAAAAAGCAGAACUAUCAAGUGUUAAGAGGCAGUGAUAAUUCGAUUAUUUGAAAAAAAAAAGGAUACUUUGAACAGUUAAGAGUGAUAGUGACAGCUUAAUAUUUGAAAUCAGAUUCAGUGUGAGAUAGAAUCUGUGUGCACGAAAAUAGUAGUAAAUCUGCUUUUUGGGUCUUCUAUUUAUCACCACCAGUGAAUCGAGCAGUAUGACUCCAUCGAUCAAAAACAUCCCUCGGCGCCAGGCCAUCCCGAUUCUGUACACCCGUGGAACCCAUUACGACGUUGGAUAUGAUGUGGGUCGCACCUUCGCAGCGCUCAUCAAGAAUUUCCUCCAGCUGUCCGGACCGUUGAACGAGACCUACCUGCCGCUGUACAACACCGAUGAAGGAAGAAAAGUUUACAACGAAACGUUGGAAUCGGUGAAGAAAUCUUUCCCACAGUACAUUCGUGAACUCGAAGGAACGGCAGAUGGUGCACAGGUCGAAUUCCAUAAGCUAUUUCUGCUGCAUAUGGACGAUAUUUUGCCGAUUGCCGUCGACGGUAGGAACAGCAUCAACCAACCGAUCGGGUGCUCCACCAUUUGCGUCAAUGAACCGGAUUGUGAAAUUCUAGCCCAUACGGAGGACGCUCUGAGUGAGGUGCUGAACCACUAUUACUUCGUCUCGGCCCAUAUCGUUUCGGAUGCGCCCCAAGGCAAGUACAACGUGACAGAGGAACGAUUCACAUCGCUAUGCUACGCCGGCCAUCUGCCGGGCUACACCAUGAACUACAACCAUCACGGGCUGGUUUUCUCGAUCAACACGCUGAGUGCUAAAAAUUUACACGGUGGAAAGACACCUCGACAUUUUAUUACCCGUGCCUUACUAUCGGCGGAAAACUUUGUACAAGCGCAACAAAUUCUGCGUGAUAACGGGGUAGGAGCCGCAGAUGGGUGCUCCAUUAAUAUGACAUUCCUCAAACAAGAGGGUGAUCGCUUGUUCCACAAUGCUGAGAUGGGGCCCGCUGAUAAGAACCAAUCCCAGCUGAACAUUCUGACGGCGAGCCCCGGCGAGUACAUCGUGCAUGCGAACAAGUACCUCCGGCUGACGGUUCCCGAGGUCACCGGUCUGAUAAUCGACUCCAGCGUGGAACGGAUGAAGACGUUCAAUUCGUUCAACGCACCGAAGUCCCUGAACGAUGUUAUCCGAAUGCUGGGCGAUCAGAGCGGUAAAGAUCAUACCGUGUUUCGCGAGAGAGACGCAAAAGAUAUCGUGAAGACCAUUUGCGUCGGAAUCUUUGACUGCCGCCGGCGGACGUGGUCACUGUACUCCGACAAUCCGAAGUUUAAUGCCCCCUUGGUGGUGAUGCCGUUGGUGAUUAAGGAGUAAGCGGUUUGUGCUUGGCUCACAAUCGGAGAUCGAGAGGUUUCGGAGCGAAUCGUUGCCUUUUGCAUUUGAAUAUUGCGCUUCUUAUCGUCCCUUCGCUCGAUUCUCGCUUGAUUGAUUCGGUCCAUUUUGCUGAUCACUUCUACGUGUAAUUGUUACUUAAGCCUUAGUUUUAACAAGCAAUAUUGAAAAGAUUCCAUUUUGAUCGUUAUGUUUAAAAAUUAGAUUUUAAUAUUCAUACGAUA